AUGUCUGAAAUAGAGGUUUCAGUUUACUGUUACUGGAAUGGUUGCAUCAAGUAUGGCCCGGAAGGUGUAUACUGUGAAGGACCUACUCCUAAAAAGAUUAUAGUUAACCCUAAGAUUGCAUUAAACAGAUUGUUGGAUGAGAUGUAUGAACUUACUGGAGUAGAUGUUGUUCAUAAGCAGAGAUCCAAAAUCAAAAUAUUCGGUAGGUAUCCUUCUGUUUUUGGACCGUCGAAGUAUCAGUAUCUGCUUCUGCCCGUUGUGAACGACCAUAGUUUGGAGACAAUGCUUGAGGUUUCAAGAAUGUGGAAUCAGUGUAGAGGCUUUGAGUUGGCUGAUCAGGCAGUGACAGGUUCUGUUAUCCUUCUGUUUGAUGAGCUGAGAGACUGGUUUGACAAUCGUUCUCAUCGUAGCCGCGGCUCUCUCAAUUUUAGCAAUGUGUACACCAAACCUGUUGCGGACAAGCUUGAAGAGUUCAGGACAGCUACAACUACUUACAUUGUAAUUCCGUUAGACAACAACACGUUUAAGGUCGCAGAAGAAGCAUCAGAAGAUGAUGAUGAUGAAUGGAUCGUCCAGUUGAACGGGGACUGUAGCUGCUGCACAUGUGGGGAUUUUCAAAGCCACAAGUUCCCAUGCCUGCACCCUCUAGCUGUAUGCAAGCAGCUGAAAAUCAACCCUUUGCAGUAUGUAGACAACUGUUACACUUUUGACCGGAAUUACAAAACUUAUGCCGCCACUUUCUCUCCUGUUCCGGAGUUAUCAGCUUGGCCGGAAGCUUCUGGAGUUCCUAGAUUGUUUCCACCGGUCAUUCCGAAGCUACCUCCACCGUCGCCACCAUCUUCAUCUUCAUCUAACGAAUCAGUAGAUUCUGACUCUGGGUAUGAACCAUCUACAGAUGAUGAAAGCGCUGAAGAAGGAGGCAAGCUCAUCUUCUUCGGGGAAAAGAACCAUUUGUUUGAUUUUAAUGAUGUGAUAAGAGGAUCUGCAGUGGUGUUGGGUAAAGGUGCUUUUGGUACAACCUUGGAGGUAACAAUAGAAGACACGAGCACCAGCACCAUCACCAUCACCACGGUGGUAGUGAAGGUACUGACGGAGGUUGUGGUGGGAAGAAGAGAGUUUGAGCAACAAUUGGAGAUCAUUGGCAAGAUUAGACAUGACAAUUUAGCUGAGCUAGAGGCUUACUGCUACUCCAAAGACGAGAAACUCGCUAUUUAUAGCUACAACAGACAAGGAAGCCUCUUCAAGAUGCUGCAUGGAAAGAGAGGAAUGAAUGAUCGAGUACGUUUAGAUUGGGAGUCUAGACUGAGAAUAGCAACUGGUGCAGCGAGAGGUUUGGCUAAAAUACAUGAAGCGAACGACGGGACGUUCAACUACGGGAACAUCAAAUCCUCAAACAUCUUCUUAAACUCACGAAGCUACGGCUGCAUUGGCGAUACUGGCUUAGCAACCAUCAUGAAAUCUCUUCCUCAAACCACUUGUCUUGCUUCAGGUUACCACGCACCUGAAGUAACAGACACUAGAAGAAGCACGCAGUGUUCAGAUGUAUACAGCUUUGGGGUGGUUUUACUGGAGCUUUUGACAGGGAAAUCGCCGGCAGGUGAGGAUAUGGAUUUGGUCAGCUGGAUCUGGACGGUGGCGAAAAAAGAGUGUAGAGGGGAAGUAUUGAACAUGGAGCUUUUGAGUGAAUUGGGUGGUUCCGAGGAAGAGAUGGUAAGGAUGAUGCAAAUAGGGUUGGCUUGUGUUGCAGUGGAGCCAGAAGAACGACCUCAUAUAGCUCAAGUUGUGAAAAUGGUUGAAGAUAUUCGAUCAACUGAUGCCGCAGAGUGAAAAUAACAGUAAGGAAGACCUUUGGAGUUUUGAGAGAUUUUGCUUUUUCUCUUACUGCAUUUUCAACUAUUCUUAUGAGUAGAGGUUGGAGCAGACAUCGUUAAAAAGGGACCGAGUAAUGCUGGUGUGGAUGGAAGCGUUGUGAGCGAGAAGGUAACAACAACAUAACAUUCCAAAACGAGCAAGGA